AGCGGGGCGGAGCUGCGCGUGCGCACGGCGUAAGCGCGCUCUUUUGGGCCGUUGAAAAAUGGCGACUGUUGCCGAGCUGAAGGCCGUUUUAAAGGACACCUUGGAAAAAAGAGGAGUAUUAGGGCAUUUAAAAGCAAGGAUUCGAGCUGAAGUUUUCAGUGCUCUUGAUGAUGAAAGUGAACCUCGACCAUCAUUGUCUCAUGAAAACCUUCUAAUUAAUGAAUUAAUUCGGGAGUAUUUGGAAUUCAACAAAUAUAAGUAUACAGCGUCUGUCCUCAUAGCAGAAUCUGGUCAACCCAUAGUUCCAUUGGACAGACAGUUUCUCAUCCGUGAACUAAAUGCAUUUGAAGAAUCAAAGGAUAAUACAAUACCUCUUUUAUAUGGAAUUUUAGCUCAUUUCUUGCAUGGCACUAAGGAUGACAUCCAGAAUACAUCUCUGAACGGGGCCUCACUUCAGCCUCCAAACCCACAUCUUGGCAGACAGCCUAAUGGAAGAAAGCACAUGGGGGACACGGGUUCGAGCCCUGAUCCGGGAAGAUCCCACAUGCCGCGGAGCAACUAAGCCUAUGAGCCACGACUACUGAGCCCGCCCUCUGAAGCCUGCGAGCCACAACUACUGAAGCCCGUGCGCCUAGAGCCUGUGCUCCACAACAAGAGAAGCCACUGCAAUGAGAAGCCUGUGCACCUCAAUGAAGAGCAGCCCCCGCUCGCCGCAACUAGAGAAAGCCCGCGAACAGCAACGAGGACCCAACACAGCCAAAAAUAAAUAAAAAAUAAAU